ACCAUUCACAAUGGAAACCUGUCUGACCUACGACGAGAUGGGACUGUCAGCUUUUUCAUCAAUAUCGUCUCACACAGUGUUUAUCAAUAACGGUAAGAGACACAACAAAGGCAUAUUUGAAAACGAUAGAGAAAAACUAGAGGACGAUGGGGUCAUCAUUGGGCUAAUUGGUACAAGAUUGCCUAAGAAACGUGUGAUGGAACAUAGAGACAUAAUGAAAAUAAAAGAAUAAAACACACGUGAACACGAAUAUGGAAACUUGACCCCUCCAACUUGGCAAGGAACGGUGUUGGAGUUCUACGGUGAUGCGAAUUUGACGUAUGAAGAUUAUUUGCCAAAAAUGAAGAAAAAUAAAGAUCGUUACUGCGAGUUGUUUGAGGAUGCUUACUUUGAUAAACUAGUCUACUGUAGAAGAAUCGCUUUAUCUAUAGACACUCUUCUGAUCGAAGCUAAUGACAGAGCUAAGAAAGUGAACAAGAUAGCGUACGUGCAUGUCGUGGGUUUGGGUCUAGGAGUUUGGCGGGUUUAUUGUUACCAAGAUAAAAUUUUCAUGGAGACAUUCGCACAACGACUGGAACUUCUUUCAGACGUACUGACAAACAUCAGCGAUGUGUGUUUUGCCUAUAUCGCACACAAAGAGGCCGGUGAGUAUAAACAUGGCGACAAAUUGGGCAACAUAAAGUUACAUAUCGAGGAUAAAAUUGGCCCUCAUAUGAAGCUAGUUGAAGAAGAUGAAGGAAAGUUGUUGGUUGUGUCUUAUGCUUGGGACUGCAAUGCCUUACCAGGCAACGAAUUUUGGUUUGGGAGUUUGCACUCGAGUAACGAUCCGGCUGCUGCAUGUUCUACCCAAGUUACAGAACUCCGCAACUGGCACAUUAACCAGAAGGCGAGUGCGAGGAAGUUAAAGGUUGCCACUUUGGAGGGGUUGCUAACGUUUAAGGAGUAUCAGGAGAUGCACAAAAAUGGUUAA